AUGACUGAGGGCCUUGACCCAGUCAUGGAGCAAUACAAUGCGUCUCUCCCCUACGACCGUCUCUUCUACGCCGAAGAUAUUGCCGGCUCUAUCGCAUUCGCCCGCGCCAACAAGAACAAUGGCAUCCUCACCGCCGACGAGUUCGCAGCCAUCGAGAAGGGCAUGGCUCAGAUCAAGGAGGAGUGGGCGACGAAUUCCUUCGAGGUCAAGGCGAACGACGAAGACAUCCACACCGCCAACGAGCGACGGCUAAGCGAGAUUAUCGGCAAGGACAUCGGAGGCAAGCUCCACACAGGGCGAAGCAGGAACGAGCAAGUCGCGACCGACAUGCGGUUAUGGCUGAGGGAGCAGCUCAGGACACUAGAGGGCUACCUGAAGCUCCUGAUCAAGACAUCGGUACAGCGAGCAGAGGCCGAGAUCGACGUGCUUAUGCCGGGCUACACACAUCUCCAGAAGGCGCAGCCCGUCCGGUGGUCGCACUGGAUCCUAUCGCAUGCCACCGCUUUCGCCUCCGAGCUCGAGCGCCUCCGCGAAGUCAUCAAGCGCGUCAAUCGUUCCCCACUCGGCUGCGGCGCGUUGGCAGGCAACCCCUUCAACAUCGACCGCGACGCCAUGGCCAAGGAGCUUGGGUUUGAGGGCCUACUGACAAACUCCCUCAACGCUGUCGGAGACCGCGACUUCGUCUUCGAGACACUACAAUGGGGAUCGAGCUUCAUGCUCAAGAUGUCGCGCUGGGCGGAGGAUCUGAUCAUAUAUUCGAGUCUGGAGUUUGGCUUCGUGCGGUUGGCCGAUGCAUACUCUACCGGAAGCUCCCUGAUGCCCCAGAAGAAGAACGCAGACUCUCUCGAACUCAUCCGAGGAAAGAGCGGUCGUGCUUUUGGACAUAUGGCGGGCUUGUAUGUCACCAUCAAGGGUCUUCCUACGACCUACAACAAGGAUUUGCAGGAGUCUGUUGAGCCUCUCAUCGAUCACAUCAAGACGGUCAGCGACUCAAUCCAAAUCGCCACCGGUGUUCUGUCGACCCUGAAGAUCAACGCCGACAAGAUGCACGCUGCAUUGGCCCCGGAGAUGCUGGCCACAGAGUUCGCAGACUACCUUGUCCGAAAAGGUGUGCCUUUCCGUGAGGGUCACCACAUCUCUGGUCGCGUGGUUGCCUUGGCAGAGGACCAGAACGUUCCCAUGGACAAGCUGAGCUUGGAACAGCUGAAGGGUAUCGACUCCAGAUUAGGCGACGACGUAGUUGAAUGCUUAGACUACGAGCGCGCGGUAGAGCUGAAGAACGCCACUGGUGGCACAAGCAAGAGUGCCGUCAUGGAGCAGAUUGACAUCCUGAAGGCGAUCAUCUAG